AUGAGAAUUUUUUCAAAUACCUUAAGACCAUACCUUGGAACAGUUAGAGCCUCUCUCACUGCAGCGCUAAACCUCGAAAACUUCAGUUCACAGAUAGUUGAAAGACACAAUAAGCCUGAAAUUGAAUCAAAGAAAUCAAGGGAACUGAUCCUCCAGCCACUUUUGAUCACAAGAACUGCGUUAGAGAAGGUAUUAAUUGAACCAUCAGUAAACUCAGUUAGAUUAUCAAUAAAGAUCAAGCAAGCUGAUGAAAUUGAACGGAUUUUAGCUCAUAAGUUUACACGUUUCAUGAUGAUGAGAGCUGAGGGUUUCGUCGUACUUCGAAGGAAAGCGAUUGAAGGAUAUGAUAUUUCAUUCUUGAUCACAAAUCAACAAACUGAAAAGCUACUUAAGCACAAAAUAGUUGAUUUCAUUAUUCAAUUCAUGGAAGAUGUAGACAAAGAAAUAUCAGAAAUGAAGCUUAGCUUGAACGCUAGAGCGAGAAUCGUAGCAGAGACCUACUUGACAAGCUUUGGUAAUUAAUUAUAUGAAUAUACCUCUUUUAUGCAUUUUUAUAUUUU